AUGGUGCUCGAGAAAGAUACCACCGCGAAUUCUUCUAAGAGUUUUAGCGGCGGUGCGAUUGGUAAUAAUGUCGGAGUGGCAAUAGAUAAAGAUAAAAGCAGUCAAUAUGCUCUUAAAUGGGCUAUUGAAAAUCUCAUUUCUCGUGGCCAAACUAUUUCUCUCAUCCAUGUCAAGAAGCGCCCCUCCGUCCCCUUAUCAGGAGGAAAUCACAUGUCUCUUCCAGAUUUUAGUGAUCUCGGAAUGACCAAAGCAGCAAAAAACAUUAAUACAGAUAGUCAAAUAACCGAGCUUUUUCUAGCCUUCCGUGCAUUUUGUUCGCGCAAAGAUAUCAAAUGCAAUGAGAUAAUCCUCGAAGAUGCAGAUAUAGCAAGAGCUCUUUGUGACUAUGGAAGAAUACACAUGAUAGAUGUUUUCGUCCUAGGUGCCCCGGCAAAAUCUUCCUUCGUAAGAUUCAAGGGUCCAGAUGUUCCCGCGACCGUUACAAGACUCGCACCGGAAUAUUGUUCAGUUUAUACCGUGUCAAAAGGAAAGACUUUAUCGAUUCGACAAGCAACUGUCCAAGUCCCCGGCAAUUCAUCUCGUGCAUCAACUAAUAGCUACGAAAACAAUACCGUCGCUACUUCAAACGCAUUACAAGAUUUGCGAUCAACAAUUAAUAAUCGCAUUGCUAGAGGUUCUGAACCGCCGGUAUCUACAAAUAGAGCUACUAAUGUUCCAUCCGGAGAAUCGACGGGAUUUACACCACCAAGAAUCAGUUCGGACUAUCAAGAUGAGAUCAAGUCGCCCUUCGAUAGAAAUAAUAAAAAUCCCAAUAGGGCAUCCUAUUGCAAUUUAGAUAUUGGGGGCUCCGACAUUUCAUUUGUGGGUUCGAAUCGGCCCAACUCUAAUAAUGAUAUGUACAACGGCUCCAACUUCAAUAUGCAUGAAGAAUUUCCAACUCGACUUUCAAAUUCUUCAAAUGAUUAUGAGUACUAUAAUGGAUUUACUUCCCCAUUACCCCCCAUGAAAGAAAAGUCACCCGACAAUAGUUAUUCUCUAAGUUCCGAUCUUAGUGACGAAUCGUCGCAACCUGCCCCACAAAAUGUGUCGGAGAUGGAGGCGGAGAUGAGAAGAUUGAAAAAAGAGCUUCAACAAACUAUAGACAUGUAUAGCUCAGCAUGUAAAGAAGCUCUAACUGCCAAACAAAAGGCAACUGAGCUAAAUCAAUGGAAAAUGCAAGAGCAUCAAAGACUAGUAGAGGCAAAGAAAUCCGAAGGAGCAGCACUGGCAAUGGCACAAAGAGAAAAAGAGAAAACCAAGGCAGCAAUUGAGGCUGCCGAGGCAUCUAAGAGAGUCGCGGAGCAUGAGGCACACAAAAGAAUCAUGGCAGAGAUGAUGGUGAUGAAGGAGACGGAUGUAAAGAAGGGUCCAUCUAUGUCUCAUGGAGAUACGAGGUAUCGUAAGUAUUCUAUAAACGAGAUUGAGCUUGCAACCGACAACUUUGACAAUAGUCGAAAGAUUGGAGAAGGCGGUUAUGGACCUGUCUUCAAAUGUUCAUUAGAUCAUACUCCUGUUGCUGUUAAAGUUCUUCGCCCUGAUGCUGCUCAAGGAAGGUCACAGUUCAACCAAGAGGUUGAGGUUUUAUGCUGUAUAAGGCAUCCAAAUAUGGUCCUCCUUUUGGGUGCCUGUCCAGAAUACGGUUGCUUGGUCUAUGAAUACAUGGCAAACGGAAGCCUUGAAGACCGCCUAUUCUGUCGCGGAAAGUCACCAGUUUUGUCUUGGCAAGUACGUUUUAGAAUAGCAGCCGAGAUCGCCACAGGCCUCCUCUUCCUCCACCAGACUAAACCGGAGCCACUAGUCCAUCGCGACCUAAAACCCGGGAACAUUCUCCUCGAUCGCAACUUCGUCAGCAAGAUUAGUGACGUCGGUUUGGCGAGACUUGUCCCACCAACCGUCGCCAAUAACGUGACACAAUACCGCAUGACCUCAACCGCCGGGACCUUUUGCUAUAUUGACCCCGAGUAUCAACAAACGGGGAUGCUCGGGAUCAAAUCAGACAUAUACUCCCUCGGGAUUAUGCUCCUUCAGAUCGUCACGGCCAAGCCUCCUAUGGGUCUUGCCCAUCAAGUCGAGAUGGCAAUCGAGAGAGGAGAUUUCGCUGAAAUGCUCGAUCCAGCAGUUCAAGAUUGGCCGGUGGAGGAAGCAACUAUGUUUGCUAAGAUGGCUUUGAAAUGCGCGGAAUUGAGAAGGAAAGAUAGACCUGAUUUGAAGAUGGAUAUCUUACCCGAGCUUAAUAGGUUACGGGUUUUCUCGGAGGAGACCAUGCCUGCUUAUUCCAUGGGCAGUGGAAACUCGCAAACUAGCAUGAUGAGCAUGUCUUUGAAUUCUUCUGCCGCCAUGAGCAGCCAGGUUUCGGUUCGGAUAGGAGUGACGCAUAUCGAUCUUAUGGACAUCGACAAUAAACCUAUUGGAGUGAAGAACAUCAUCUACUUCUUUUACAUGGCAUUGCAGAUUGGUUGA